UUAACACCCUGUUAAAUAUCAAGUCUUUACCUGCGUCAUUGCAUGAACUGUCAAUCAUGAUUAAGACCACUCCCCUUUCUAAGGUAUAUAAGUGACUCUCUUUUCCCUCCAAACCAAACCAAACCAGGCAGUACAAAGAUUACUGAUUGACAGUCAUCAACUUGUUCUUCUCCUCUGUGUCAGCCAAUCACCACCUCAGCAAAGAUGACAUCAGUCUUUCCAUUUGCUUUGUUGCUCUGUUUGUCCAGCGGACUGUUGACUGCAUAUGGUGGACCUUGCUGCCCUUCUGGUUGGACUCAGUUAGGCUCUCGCUGUUUCGCUUUCUACAUCCAGACAAAGACCUUUAUCGGUGCAGAGCUCUUCUGCCAGACUGCUGGUGGGAAUCUGGCUUCCAUCCACUCAGAUAAGGAACAUGGAUUCAUCAAAGACUUCAUUAACCAAGCGACCGGUGCACAGACAACUGCCUGGAUCGGAGGCACCGACGCAGCGAAGGAGGGUACGUGGUUCUGGUCUGAUGGAUCCAACUUAGACUACACAAGCUGGAAUGCGGGGGAGCCUAACAACCUCGGAGGGGAGAACUGUCUUACGAUGAACUGGGCUGGAGUAAACUGGAACGACUUGGCUUGUACCAGCAAGGCUUCUUUCGUCUGCUCCAAGAACCUGUGUGUGUAACUCUACCACACCAUCAUGAUGCCUCUCCAGCUCAUCUAUAAUCUCUAUCAUUGAUUCACUUUCAGUUGGUUCAGCAGACAGAAACAGCUCUCUGCUGACAGAUGACUCACUUUCACUUGUUUAUUAUCUGAAGAGUUAGGGAACAGUUCACAUUUGGGUUUAAAAUUAGACAGAAACUGGCUCACUGAGCUGGACAAAAACAAAUCAGUAAUUGGACUUUUAAUCUACAGUUAAUAACACAAAAUGAAAUACAGAAAAAUAUUUGAAUACUCACACACAUCUUUUACAUUUUAGCGUACGGUAAAUAUGAAGUUCCCUUAAGCAGACAUUAGCUUAGCUUAGCAUAAAGAUUGGAAACAGGGGAAUCAGCUAGCCUAGCUUAGCAUAAAGACUGGAAACAGCUAGAAUGACUCUGUCCAAAGGUAAACCUACCAGACAUGAGUGGUUAUGAUCUUUUUAUCCAAAAUGUCCAGGUAGAAAAUAAAAGUGUAUAUUUUGUCAGAACUUUCUGUGGUAAAAGAGGAGAAUGCAACUGUAAUAACACUUAAUACAUAAUAACUAUUAAUAAUUCAUAUAGUCCACUGGUUUAAUGAACUGGUUCCUUAUUAUUCUUAAAACUGAUAUGUUGUGUUCUUUAUUCAUCUGAUUUCCUUUACUAUAUAAUCAACUAAGCAUUCAAAAAUAAAAGACAUAUUGUCACAUAAA